AUGCUAUUGUGCCUUAAUUUGUUCCUAUCUGCUUACAUUUUUAAGGUCUUAUCACAGAGCUUCGACGAUGACACACCAGUUAAAGGAAUUAUGGAGGAUAUUCACGAAAAAAAGGCAAAACCUGUACCAUUCGGUCACAUAUUUAGAGAUGGAAUAGACGAUCCAGCUAGUGGCUAUAAAGUGCCAUAUGAUCUGCUAGAAUUAGAUAUGAGAUUUCCCCAUAAUCGAAAGGAGGACAAAGAACUGCAAAGGCGUCCUAGAAAAAAGGUAAUCAAAAUAGAAAAAUCUGUACCUAGCAGUAAAGUUCUAAGUCCGCGUGACAUGUACGUUGAUGAAUUCAUGAAAACAUCAGACCAAAGUGUAAAUAACACGUCUGUCGAAGAUGGUCGACCUAAGUGGUUCAACUUUGAGCAAAUACAAAAACAAAAUGCUGAGGUCAUCCGUGAAAAAGUACGUCCUAAGAGCAAUACCGACUUUAUACUGCCCGACAAAAGGAAGGCGUAUUCAAAUAAUACUAAAUAUUAUGAGAAAAAAGACUUCAGUAGUAACACCUUUGACUUAACCAAAACUGUUGCAGGAGACAAGCUAAGUUGGACCACUUGUGAAGAAUUCGAAAAGAGUCUUAAACCUUUAAAUCUUGUGUAUCCGAAAGACAUUGUCGACAUAAAUUGGGAGCCAUUUUACAUUUGGUCACCACGUAAACAUCUUAUAGCAUUUGUUCAUAGAUUCUCAUACCCAACAAAAAAGAUCGUAAAGGAGUAUAAAGAAAUGUAUGGGAAGUUUUUACCAAAAUUUAUAGACUGGGAGCAACCCAAGUUGAUGUUAAAUGAACGAAUAGAGAUGCUCCUGAUAGCUGGUGAUAGAAAAGGCCUAUUUUACGGAAUACCCAGGCAACAAUUACCACUUUCAAUCCGACAUAAGAAUUUUACACUUCCUCCCAUAACACUGCGACUGAAAAUCGAGGAUCCAUACUUGGCAAUGAUGUAUUGCGAUGAGCUGUAUGCAAAUAUCAUGGCAUCUCCAGAGAAUUUGCCCCAAACCAACAAGGAGAAAGUCGAAGAGGCUGCACUCCUUAAAUUUAAAGGACAGGGGUAUCCUAUAGCGAGAAACAUAUAUUUGGAGAAGUUAAAGCUGAAAGGAUUACAAGAACAAAAGGCGAAGGCAGAAGCAAAGAAAAUCCUAAAAGCCUUACCAGGUUAUCCGGAAGGUAAAGAAGUAAAGAUAAAGAUGAUUAUUGAAAAAGUGAAUGCUUUUAUAUUUGAGAGCGUUGCAAGAAUGCUUAUUAUAGGAGUUAUUGUAAUGUUUGUGCUGUGUACGCAAGUGUCAGGGAAGUACCCAGAAGGGUUGAGGAAUGCGACCACGUGUGAUGAGUUCAGCAAAUUUGCGAGAUUCAAUCCUUAUUCAGUGCUAGAAUAUAAUUGGUUCGUAUUCUAUUAUUGGGGGCCGCAUAUGCGUCACACUGAAAUUCAGUUUGAAUACCCUCCACCCGAUGGAAAAGCCUACCUUCAUUUUUUACUCGAUGAGCAUGUUAACGUACCAAUCAACUGGACUGCUAGAUUUGUAGUAAUGAAGAACUUGAACAUUAGACAGUCUUGGUUGAUGGUCGAGACGGGUGACAGAGGACAGUUUUUGAAGUAUCCAUUUAUCAAAACUAAGAAAAAAGGUCCCAAGAUUGUUCCCCAAGAAGUUAGAUUCAAACAAACUGGUGGUGGGAAGUACAUCGCUUACAUGGACUGUAAGCAAGUAUUUUUCGAACAGCGGGAAACCGUCUUCGUUAUGGCGCGAAAGGAAGAUAUACCGCCAAAGAAAAAGAUACAAGAUGAAGCAGCCCGUAUAGGGUUCCGUAGCAGAGGAGGCAAGUCCUACUUAUACCAGGGUCAUGAAUGGAUGCCCAUCCCAGAGGACGACGAGCAAACCUACUGGAUGUCGGAGGAAGAAAAGAUGAAAGAGAAGGAGAAACUUGAUGCGAUGCUUAAGUACAGCAAGAAGAAGAAUAAAAAAUAA